AUGUAUCUUUUUAACUUUUUUUUCAAUUCUAUAUUUCUUUCAUCUAUAUUUUUAAUAUCAAGUGGAUUUAGAUAUCAUUGUAUAGGAAAAAACAAUAGACCACCAUGUUUUAUAGAUGUCAUACCUCAAGAAUCUGCGUUUAGAAAUAUUAUUUGUAAAGUAAUACAUUCAAGAAAAUGUCAAUUAAUAAAAAAUUACAUGAAUUUGGCAGAAAACAAGUUGAUAAAAUUAGAGAAUAUAAAUAGAGUAUUGAAAGACAUUAUAAAAAAGAGAGAAGUGGAAAUGAUUUGUGCCUUAUUAAAAGUGUAUUACAAAUAUCCAACAUAUGUUAAAUUGCAUCUAAGUCAACAUUAUUUUGGUGCUCCAGGAACACGUAUAAUGUUUUCUAAUGGUAAAUAUUCUUUAAAAUGA